AUGGCGAACAACACUCGAUAUCAGCCGGUGCAGUCGCGCGAUUCAUUUGAAGAGACACCGCCAUACACACAAGCGCCGCCUUCAUACCAGGCAGAACCGGUGCUCGGAGAGGCGCGGUCGGAAGACGACAAUGUGCCAGAUGACUUCAAGUUUGGUGGAAGUGUUGCGGAGGCCACACUACCCAUCCGCAUGCAGUUCAUCCGCAAAGUCUACGCCAUCCUCACCGUCCAACUCCUCUUCACCACUGCCCUGAGCGCCGUCUCCUUCUGGUCGAGCUCCUACAAAUCAUGGAUCCAGAGCAAUCAGUGGAUGAUGUGGGUCAGCCUCUUCGGCGCCAUCGGCUUCAUGCUCCUCACCUUCUGGAAGCGAAAGAGCUAUCCUACGAAUUUGCUGUUCUUGGCGGGUUUCACUGGGCUGGAGGCAUAUUCGAUCAGUGUGAUUACCAGCUUCUACAGCAGCAGGAUUGUUCUGCAGGCUCUGAUCUUUACUGCCGCGAUAUUCGUCUUCCUGACAGCCUUCGCCUGCCAGACGAAGUACGACUUCACCUCGUGGAUGCCAUAUCUUUUCGGCGGUCUUUGGAUUUUGAUCCUGUUUGGUUUCAUGGCGGCGUUCUUCCCAUACAACUCCAAGGUUGAGCUGGGCUAUGGCAUCGUGUCCGCGUUGAUCUUCUCAGGCUACAUCCUUGUGGACACACAGCUUAUCAUAAGGCACUACCAUGUUGAGGAGGAGAUUGCCGCCAGUAUCAGCUUGUACCUGGAUGUCAUCAACCUAAUCAAUAACGGCGCUGCUGCUGCUCUGGCGCGGCUUACGGCCGUUGGAGGACGAGGACGGGCAUUUGACCAAGUCUUGGCGCCCGUGGACCGACUGCCUCUUGGAUACGAUUCGUUUGCUUUAGCGAUGCAGCACGAAUCUGCUCAUGUCUUUCCCAUCCAAACUGCUUCCGUAUUGCACCUUGAGGGGUUGACAGAACGCUCACCUCAAGCCCCUGACGCCAACAGUGGGUAUGCAAUGCGUAAGGACGACGUGUGCUAA